UUGCCUCCUUUGACGACCUCGUGGUGUCCCCCAUUCCGCUCGAUCUCACUUUUGCUCGUCCAUCCCGGGACAAUGGCCGCAAAGGCAUCCCCUACGGCCGUCUCGGCCAACUCUGGCGCGGAGGAAGCUGGACUCUCGGAUCCCGGAGAUUCGCAACUACUAGCCAAAAUGGGCUACAAACAGGAACUCCGUCGCCAGUAUUCCACCGUGCAAAUAUUCGCCGUCGCAUUCAGUAUCAUGGGUUUAGUGCCGUCAAUCGCAUCUACACUUUCGUUUUCCUUACCGGCCGGGCCUGCAGGGAUGAUCUGGGGCUGGUUUACCGCAAGUAUCUUGAUCUUCUUCGUUGGAUUAGCCCUGGCCGACAUGGCAUCGGCAAUGCCUACAGCUGGUGGUCUAUACUGGUGGACGCACUACUUUGCUGGAAAGAAGUAUAAAAAUGUGUUGAGCUUCCUGGUUGGUUACAGCAACACGCUGGGCCUGAUUGGCGGAAUUUGCUCCGUGGAUUACACCCUCGCGCUUAUGAUUCUCGCCUGCGUCUCCAUCACCCGCGACGGUACCUAUUCCGCCUCCAACGGCACCAUCUACGGCGUCUAUGUCGGUCUCAUCCUAGUUCACGCCGUUGUCAGCGUCUACUCGGGACCAAUCAUGCCCCGUAUCCAGACGUUCUGCAUCUUCAUCAACAUUGCCAUCAUCAUCGCUACAGUCAUCGCUCUGCCCGUCGGCAAAGUCACCCGUGGGGAGUCCCUCAACCCGGGCACUUGGGUCUUUGGGCACGUGGACAACGAGAGUACAUGGCCAACAGGGUGGAACUUCAUCCUAGCGUUCCUCGCGCCAAUCUGGUCGAUCGGAUUCUUUGACUCAUGUGUGCACAUGAGCGAGGAAGCCCUACACGCCGCCAAGGCGGUUCCUCUAGGAAUCAUCUGGUCCUCCGGAUGCGCAUGUGUGUUCGGGUUCCUAGUCCUGAGCAUUAUAGCUGCAGUGAUGAACCAGGACGUCAACGCAACAAUUAACUCCGUGUUCGGCCAGCCCAUGGCCCAGGUCUACUACGAGGCACUAGGCAAAAAGGGCGCGCUCGGAUUUAUGGGUGUGCUGAUCGUAAUCCAAUUCCUAAUUGGCCUGAGCUUGAUCACCGCUGCCUCUCGCCAAGCCUGGGCCUUCUCCCGCGAUGGCGCUCUCCCCUUCUCGAACUACUUCCGCCACGUCAGUCAUCGCAUCCGCUACCAGCCCGUGCGCGCCAUCUGCGGCCUCGUAGCAGUCAGCAUCGUUUUCGGCCUACUCUGCCUCAUCAACUCCGUCGCAGCGAACGCACUUUUCUCGCUCUUCGUGGCCAGUAACUACGUCGCAUGGGCAACGCCCAUCCUCUGCCGCUUGAUCUGGGGCAAGGAGCGCUUCAGACCGGGCGAGUUCUAUACGGGAUUUAUGAGCCGUCCGAUUGCUAUUGUUGCGGUGCUGUGGUUGGCCUUUGGGUUGAUGCUGUCGAUGUUCCCAACGACGGGGCCGAAUCCGAGUCCAUCCGAUAUGAACUACACGAUCGUCAUUAACGGAUUCGUGUGGGUCGCUUGCAUGACAUACUACUUCCUGUUCGCGCGCAAGUGGUACACAGGGCCGAAGAUGACAGUGGACGGGGUGGAAGAGGAGAGGACGGAGUCAGAGACGGAAGAGAAGAGGGACGAAGCGCAUACUGGUGCUUCCUACUAAUAAUAGUUUACACAUACCAACUUCUUCGAACAGAUACCAAUACUAAUAGACAAGAAUGAAACAACUUGAUAUGUUAUAAUCUGAAUCAAAACAUCAUAUACAUUGGUAUCAAUCAUGGACCCAUCCAUUACCCAUCAAACAAUCUGUCCCCCCACUCCAUCAUUACCAACUCACCCCCUUACAAAGCAGCCAUAACCCCCAAGACACCCGCGACACCCGCAACUCCAAUCCCCAACCCAACUCCGGGCGUCGCCAUAGCCACGCCCGCGCCCUCACUCGUCGAACUCGUCGCACUAGCACUGGAUCCACUAGCACUCGUACCC